GAUAGCAUUUUCCAAAAGCAAGUUGCACUCUACACAAGUCUGUCAUGGUGAUGAAUUUAAGUCUGCCAAACAACCCCUGCACUGGAGGUAGGAAAAGCAAUAAAUAUAUGGUCUCUCCUUUGCAACCCAAACCUUAUAUAUAAGGGGCACCCCUCCUUGUUACAUCCUCAUUACAAGAAGUUUUGCAAGAGCUGUUUCUAGGGUUAUAUCUCCAGUCCAAUUAAAAUGGAGAGUUCAAUGACUUUCAGCUCUUGGAUGGUUUUAUGCAUGGUGGUGGUGGCUUUGGGUACUCUUGCCCCUCGUGUUGAAGCCAGGGCUUUCUUCGUUUUCGGAGAUUCUCUGGUCGAUAACGGCAACAACAACUAUCUGGCGACCUCUGCCCGUGCCGACUCGCCUCCUUAUGGCAUUGACUACCCGACUCACCGCCCAACUGGCCGCUUCUCUAACGGCCUUAACAUACCCGACAUCAUUAGUGAACAAAUGGGAGCAGAAUCUACAUUGCCGUACUUGAGUCCUGAGCUCAGGGGGCAGAGGCUACUCGUGGGUGCCAAUUUCGCAUCGGCCGGGGUUGGAGUUCUCAACGACACUGGAAUUCAAUUCGUGAACAUAAUCAGGAUGUACAAGCAACUGGAGUACUUCCAGCAAUACCAGACCAGGGUGAGUAGUCUGAUCGGAGCCGAUCAGACCCAGAGGCUCGUGAACCAAGCGCUCAUACUCAUCACCGUCGGUGGCAACGAUUUCGUUAACAACUACUUCCUGGUCCCCUUCUCCGCCCGGUCCCGCCAGUUCUCCCUCCCUGACUAUGUUCGCUACGUUAUCUCCGAGUACCGAAAACUCCUCGUGAGGCUGUAUGAACUGGGGGCUCGACGGGUUCUGGUGACGGGCACGGGGCCGAUGGGAUGCGUGCCGGCCGAAUUGGCGCAGCGGAGCAGGACGGGUGAGUGCGCCGUGGAAUUGCAGCGAGCCGCGGCCUUGUACAAUCCGCAACUUGUACAGAUGGUGGGUGGAGUCAACGACGAAAUUGGAGCUCAGGUCUUCAUAGCUGCAAACACAAUGCUGAUGAACACCGAUUUCAUCUAUAAUCCGGCAGCAUAUGGGUUUGUUACAUCACAGAUAGCAUGUUGCGGGCAAGGCCCGUACAACGGGAUUGGGCUUUGCACGCCCCUCUCCAACUUGUGCCCGAACCGAGACAUCUACGCUUUCUGGGAUCCAUUCCAUCCGUCCGAGAGGGCUAACAGAAUCGUUGUGUCCCGGAUCCUGACUGGCUCGUCCAAGUACAUGAACCCGAUGAACCUCAGCACCAUCUUGGCGUUGGACUCCAACACCUAGCCGUCUUCAACUUUUUUCUCCCACUUUUAUUUCUUACUCCAUUGCUAUUAUCUCUUGAGUGAUCUUUUCCUCCUAUUCAUAUGUUGUUUGUUGGUUUGUUUGGUCUAGUAGAAUGUGAUAAAAACUAGAGGGGUGUGAUUUUUAAUUGCAUCAAUAUGGCUAUCAUUUUGUUUUAAUGAAUAGUACUCGUGGUUUGGUCUUCGAAUUCAA